AUGCAUUGUGAAAAAUCAACCCCGAAGAAAUAUUCAUGUCAUAAAAGCUCACUUUUCCUAAUCAUGAUGAUAACGCAAUUCCUCAAGGAAUCUUUAGCAUUCUACAUAAAUACCUUCGUAGAUCAAGAAAAAAAUUCGGCAAGGCAAGGCAAGGAAAGGCAAGCAAAGGAGAUGAAGAAGAAAAGUAGAAGAAAUCUUUCAAAAUUACCUCGAUGA